AUGUUUGGCCAGGGGCGCGCGUUCCUGGAUGGGGUGCGCGUUCCUGGGCAGAGGUGCGCGCUGCUGUGCCGGGGUGGCACGCGCUGCUCUGCUAGGGCGCGUGCUGCCCUGCACGUUGGCGCGCUCUGCCCUGCACGUUGGUGUGCUCUGCACUGCAGGGGCGCGCGUUGCUCUGCAGGGGCGCGCGCUACUCUGCUGGGUGGCGAGCGCUACUCUGCUGGGGCGUGCGCUGCUCUGAAGGGUGGCGCGCGCUGUUCUGCAGGGGCGCGCGCUUCUCUGCUGGGUGACGCGCGCCACUCUGCAGGGUCGCGCGCUGCUCUAUAA